AUGUAUAUGGAGAACUGCAGCUUGCAGACUGUAUUCGACAUCGACACAUUCGAGACCAUAGAGGAAAGCCCUGUAUCCUACAUCACUCGAGCGCAGUCUAGAGAUCAACGUGCAAAAGGGAAUGCUCAAUACAUCGCAAUAAAAACUGGCUCUACACAGCCAGUGUUCUCCAAGCAGCCCCAUGACAUUCAGAAAGAGCUGAGAAUUCUCCGCAGUAUCUCCCAUAUCAAUAUUAUUGAAGUACUGGGACAUACCUUCGAAUCACCUACUAGUUCCUUUCAUUUCUGGAUGCCGUUUGUGCCGCGCAGCGUGGGCGACCUGCUUGCUUCGCCUGCCUUUUCUCCUCACCCUGCGCCUUCAUAUGACCACAGUUCGGACGUUACACAAAAAGCGUCGACCUUCACCACUCUUGCGACAUCCAUAUUUUAUCAAAUUUUAUCCGCUUUGGCUUACUUACACGAGAAGCGUAUCGCGCACCGUGAUAUAAAGCCUAGCAACCUGCUACUCGUGGACAGUGGCUGCGUCAAACUGAUCGAUUUCGGGAUUGCAUGGUGCGAAGCUGGUGAUGGGCGUGAGUUAUGGCCUGAACCACCUGGUGCAAUGUGCUCUGCUGUAGCAACUGGGCCGUAUCGUGCGCCGGAGCUACUCUUUGGCGCUACUACCUAUGAUGCUUUUGCUACAGAUCUAUGGAGUCUCGGUGCAACGUUUGCCGAAUUCUUCACACCGCUGAAAAUGCAUAAACUACACGAUGAAUACUCCGACGAAUACUCGUGCGUAGACACUGAUGCAGAGGAUUCACAUCCAGCGCCGUUCAUUGUUCCAUUGUCGCUGAGGAGUAGCGAUCCAGACAUAGGAUGGGCACGGGAUCCACUCUUUGAUGCGUCGAAGGGCUCAAUCGGCCUUGCUUGGAGCAUCUUCCAAAUAAGAGGAACACCCAAUGAGCAAAGCUGGCCUACAUUCAAUACAUUACCUGAUGCGGACAAGUUGGUAUUUAAAAUUGUGCCGCCCGUCGAGCUCUCAACACUGCUACUCAAUUUACCCUCCGGAUUUUUUCCGGGAGGAAGUGCUGACGCCCCUUGGUCGUCUUUUGCGCCAAAUGCCCUUGACCUAAUUGACCGAUUGCUUGUUUAUCCCCCAUCGUUACGACUGUGCGCUGCAGCCGCUCUUCACCAUCCAUACUUUACUGCAAAUACACCUCUUUUGUUGCCUGAAGAGUACCCUCUGCAAACUGGGGUGGCCUCGCUCACUAAAUGGGAAGGAAAAUCACUGGGAGACCUCUUGAUUUACGCAUUACAGUCAUAA